CCGCCGCCCGAGCUGGUGUUUCGCCCGCGACCCAGCGCCCAGGUGUGCCGCCCCGAGAGGACCGCGCGAAGGUCACCCCGCGCCCGCCAGCCCGUCCGCCGCCCGCACCUCCGCCGAGCCCCGCGCGCCUCGCCGGCCCCGCCGCGUCUCCGCCCGCCCGUCCGACCGCCCGAGCCCCGCGCGCCCCACCGCAGCCCCGGCCACCCGAGCGCCAUGAACCAGAUCGAGCCCGGCGUGCAGUACAACUACGUCUACGAAGAUGACGAGUACAUGAUCCAGGAGGAGGAGUGGGACCGCGACCUGCUCCUCGACCCGGCCUGGGAGAAGCAGCAGAGGAAGACCUUCACUGCCUGGUGUAACUCCCACCUCAGGAAAGCUGGCACUCAGAUCGAGAACAUCGAGGAAGACUUCCGGAAUGGCCUUAAGCUCAUGCUGCUUUUGGAAGUCAUCUCAGGGGAAAGGCUGCCCAAACCUGACCGAGGAAAAAUGCGAUUCCACAAAAUCGCUAACGUCAACAAAGCCUUGGAUUACAUAGCCAGCAAAGGCGUGAAGCUGGUGUCCAUCGGGGCGGAAGAAAUUGUUGAUGGCAACGUGAAGAUGACGCUGGGUAUGAUCUGGACCAUCAUCCUGCGCUUUGCUAUUCAGGAUAUUUCCGUUGAAGAAACCUCUGCCAAAGAAGGUCUGCUGCUUUGGUGUCAAAGGAAGACCGCUCCUUAUAGAAAUGUGAACAUUCAGAACUUCCACACCAGCUGGAAAGACGGCCUUGGACUCUGUGCACUCAUCCACAGACACCGGCCCGACCUCAUUGACUACUCAAAGCUGAACAAGGAUGACCCAAUAGGAAAUAUCAACUUGGCCAUGGAAAUUGCAGAGAAACACCUGGAUAUUCCCAAAAUGUUGGAUGCUGAAGACAUUGUGAACACUCCCAAACCCGAUGAAAGAGCUAUCAUGACAUACGUUUCCUGCUUCUACCAUGCUUUCGCGGGCGCGGAGCAGGCCGAGACAGCGGCUAACAGGAUAUGUAAGGUUCUUGCCGUGAAUCAAGAGAAUGAGAGGCUGAUGGAAGAAUAUGAGAGGCUAGCGAGUGAGCUUUUGGAAUGGAUUCAGCGCACGAUCCCCUGGCUAGAGAACCGGACCCCUGAGAAGACCAUGCAGGCCAUGCAGAAGAAACUGGAGGACUUUCGGGAUUACCGCCGGAAGCACAAGCCUCCCAAGGUGCAGGAGAAGUGCCAGCUGGAGAUCAACUUCAACACCCUGCAGACCAAGCUGAGGAUCAGCAACCGGCCGGCCUUCAUGCCCUCUGAGGGCAAGAUGGUGUCGGACAUCGCGGGCGCCUGGCAGCGGCUGGAGCAGGCGGAGAAGGGCUACGAGGAAUGGCUGCUGAAUGAGAUCCGGAGGCUGGAGCGCGUGGAGCACCUGGCAGAGAAGUUCCGGCAGAAGGCGUCCACGCACGAAACCUGGGCUUACGGCAAAGAGCAGAUCUUGCUGCAGAAGGAUUACGAGUCGGCGUCUCUGACCGAAGUCCGGGCUCUGCUGCGGAAGCACGAGGCAUUCGAGAGCGACCUGGCGGCGCACCAGGACCGCGUGGAGCAGAUCGCGGCCAUCGCGCAGGAGCUCAAUGAACUGGACUAUCACGAUGCUGUGAACAUCAAUGAUCGGUGCCAGAAAAUCUGUGACCAGUGGGACAGGCUGGGAACACUCACUCAGAAGAGGAGAGAGGCCCUGGAGAGAACUGAGAAAUUGCUGGAAACCAUCGAUCAGCUUCACCUGGAGUUUGCCAAGAGAGCUGCUCCUUUCAACAACUGGAUGGAAGGCGCCAUGGAGGAUCUGCAAGAUAUGUUCAUUGUCCACAGCAUUGAGGAAAUCCAGAGCUUGAUCACCGCCCACGAGCAGUUCAGGGCCACGCUGCCCGAGGCAGACGGCGAGCGGCAGUCCAUCCUGGCCAUCCAGAACGAGGUGGAGAAGGUGAUCCAGAGCUACAGCAUCAGGAUCAGCUCGAGCAACCCCUAUAGCACCGUCACCGUGGACGAGAUCCGGUCCAAGUGGGACAAGGUGAAGCAGCUCGUGCCCGUCCGGGACCAGUCGCUGCAGGAGGAGCUGGCCCGCCAGCAUGCCAACGAGCGUCUGCGGCGCCAGUUCGCCGCACAGGCCAAUGCCAUUGGGCCCUGGAUCCAGAGCAAGAUGGAGGAGAUUGCCCGGAGCUCCAUCCAGAUCACGGGAGCCCUGGAGGACCAGAUGAAUCAGCUGAAGCAGUACGAGCACAACAUCAUUAACUACAAGAACAACAUCGACAAGCUGGAAGGCGACCAUCAGCUCAUCCAGGAGGCCCUGGUCUUUGACAACAAGCACACUAAUUACACCAUGGAGCACAUUCGUGUGGGCUGGGAGCUGCUGCUGACGACCAUUGCCAGAACCAUCAACGAAGUGGAGACCCAGAUCCUGAUGAGAGAUGCGAAGGGCAUCACCCAGGAGCAGAUGAAUGAGUUCAGAGCCUCCUUCAACCACUUCGACAGGAGGAAGAAUGGCCUGAUGGAUCAUGAGGAUUUCAGAGCCUGCCUGAUCUCCAUGGGUUAUGACUUGGGUGAAGCUGAGUUUGCCCGCAUCAUGACCCUGGUGGAUCCCAACGGGCAGGGCACCGUCACCUUCCAAUCCUUCAUUGACUUCAUGACCAGAGAGACGGCCGACACCGACACCGCCGAGCAGGUCAUCGCCUCCUUCCGAAUCCUGGCUUCCGACAAGCCGUACAUCCUGGCGGAGGAGCUGCGCAGAGAACUGCCCCCUGACCAGGCCCAGUACUGCAUCAAGAGGAUGCCUGCCUACUCGGGCCCAGGCAGCGUGCCCGGCGCCCUGGAUUACGCCGCCUUCUCCUCCGCACUCUACGGGGAGAGCGAUCUGUGAGGCCGGGGUUCUGUAAUCGCUGGUCCCAGCAGAAUGCAAUAAAAGCUCAAGUUAUAGUUUGUUUCUUGGAAA